CUUCUACCAAGUAUUAACCACAGAAAAACAACCAUGAGUAUGUCCAUUUCUCUCAUUCUACCAAUUUCUCUUAUUUUCAUAACCUUUCUCCCAUUACUCAUCACAUCACAAACUUGUGAAAAACUAUGUGGAGAUCAAAAACUUAGAUAUCCAUUUGGCAGUGCACAAGGUUGUGGUGAUCCAAGAUUUCAAAAAUUCAUAAAAUGCGAUCGUGCCCAACAAAAACUCAUGCUAAAUACCCAUACGGGAACUUACCCCAUUACUACUAUUGAUUAUGACAAUCUUAUCAUUUAUAUUCAAGAUCCGUCAAUGUCAACUUGUUCAUCAUCUCAACCUAGUAAAGGCUUUGGUCUAGAUUGGGAUGCACCUUUCACAUUUCUAGAUAGCAAUGUUUUUGCUCUUCUUGACUGUUCAACAGCUUCUUCACCACUGUACACUUCAAGAAGUAGUCUAAACGGAAAAGGCACUAAUAGUACUAGUGCCAGUGGUAAUAUAGUUCCGCUUUGUGAUACUGAAGGUGCACCUAUUUGUAGUCUUUUGUAUUCAUGUCCAACAAUUAGUAGACUGAAUCUGCCAAUAUCUACUUGUUGUGUUUACACACCUCUUGAUUUAGGACCAGCUUAUGAAAUGGAUUUGCGAAAGUUGGAAUGUAGUUCUUAUGCUUCGAUUUAUAGUUUUAAUGGUCAAGAAUCGAACCCACAGGGUUGGAAAUACGGCAUCGGUCUUGAAUAUAAAUUUAGUGUUAAAAAUGAUUUUCCUAGUGCUUGUAGUAUUUGUGAGAGAAGUAAUGGAGUUUGUGGUUAUACUGGAACUUAUAACUCUUUCGUGUGUAAUUGUGUUGGUGGAGCAAAUACUACUUCUGAUUGUUAUUUUUCAGCUUCUUGGAGAAAUGGCGCACAAAAGAUUCUUCCAUGGCAAAUCCGAACUUGGCUAAUAUCUUCAUUCACAUGGUUUCUCAUUUGGAUCAUGUUUUAGAUCUUGUAGAGGCAUUGUGCAUACGUAAGUCCCUAGACCAAGCUGGUGGAUUAUGAUUGGAAUGGUGUUUCAUUAGGCUUUCUUGUUUUCUUACUAUUGUUGUUGUAAAAGGCGUUACUAUUGUUGUUGUAAAAGGCGAAUUACAAUUUGAAAUGUGCUAGUUCAGCAAGACUUUGUUUU